UCACCUGAUGUCAUGGCAGGAGGUGAAGAAACAAAGAUGGCGGACAGGCCCGCAGAGUGACGUCAGACAGAAGCUAAUCUGAGCAGCUGGGAGUGAGGGACAUUAGCUGUGAAGACACUGUCCGCACUUUUCCAACCUAAUUUCGGUUAAUUUGGCCGGACAUAAGCGCUAAUGUGCGCGAGGUCCGUAUAUCUGUGAUUGUUAGCGUAAGUAAGGAUGCUAACCGCGCAGCUAAUAUGCUAAUUACGUAGCUAAAUGGGCGGUAACGGCCGGCGUUCGCUAGUUAGCUUGUGCGGCUACUAGCUAAAACCAUGGACGAGUUGGAUCUUGGACCAGACGCCUCAAAUGUCAGACAGAACCUGCAGGGACCGGGAGAAACUGGGAUGAAGACAGUGUUGGACCGCUCAGGUGCUGUCAGAGAACAUUUGGGUUUCACUGAUGAUGAAGAUUUCAGCCUCUGCUGCCAGAUGGACUUAAAGAUUACUGCUGCGCUGUGCACACAUGUGUUCUUGCGUUCGUCUUCCCUCGCGUGUGAACAGCUCCGUUCCUCUGCACAGCUCAAACUCCCCACGCUGAGCAUUAGGGAGUUGGUGCCCCUGCGCCUCGGGAGUGUAAACCCCAAAGAGUCUGUCCAGUGAUUGAGGAAAUGUUUGGCUGCAGUGAUUUUGCUCCCUUUUGAGGUGUUUGUUGGCCAAGGCUGAUCCUGACAACCCUCCAGAGAGCGCGCUCAGUAGGCCUCUUCAAAGAGUCCCAGCUCCCCGAGCAGGAAGUCCAGCCCUGCGCUGCUUGGAAACGAGAUGAGGCAGACAGGAAGGAAGAUAUUUCCCUCAGGAGCGGGUGGAGGCUGAGCUGAAAAAGAACGAUAAAUACUGGACUCAGGUUUGCCAGGGGCCUUUUAUUCGAGACGUUUUCACAGUCAGACGCGCUGGCAGCAUCCUUCUCUCUUUUUGGCUUUCCGAAACCUCAAAAUCCAGCCCAUUUGUCAGACCGUCACUGAGCCAACACGGCUAAUGACUGUCCCCCCCCCCCCCAGCCUCUUCUCCUCCAGGGACAGUAGCAGAGAUAAGAGGCUCCCACAGUCCAGUAGGACCCAGGUGAACGUGGGGUCACGGGGGGUCACGCUGUCAGACACGGGAGACUGAUGGAGGACCCUAAUCCUGCCGGUGACACGAAGAUGGAUCAGAUGAAAACACUCACACACUCACACACGGUCACACACACAUUCAUGCAGAAAUGCAGACUUAGAAUUACAAGAAUAAGGCAACACAGCAACAUUUUACAAAACGUACAUUAUGUGUGCAAACAAAACUCUCUGACUCUUUAUAUUUAUUUUACUCUCUGACUUUUUUAUUCUUCUUCCCCCACACACACACACUCACACACACAAACACACACUCACACACACAAACACACACACACACACACACACAGAGGCAGCGGCAGACUGACAGAAACAGGUUGUCGGCAGGGUGAGGGGAGAUGUGACUCAUGUCCAGCUCAUUUAUCUGCAAUCUGUGGUGUGUAUGACUGAGCGCGAGUCCACAUACUCCCAGAGUUUCUCAAACAAACACUCUCACUCGCUUAGAAAUACAGCUGCAGAAACACUCAAACACACACACACACACCCCCACCUACACACGCGUUACUACUGUGUGAAAUAUUCUGCAACAAACUGUAAAAGAUCUGGUUUCAUCUGUAAAAAAAACCCCACUGUUAUAGUGUCAUUUCCUGAUUUUCAACAAAUCCCAUGAGGAAUACAAAUUCCCCUAAACUCAUCUGCUGUGAGUAAGAAAACAAUUCUUUAAAAACAGCUCACAAACAUAUAGGUUUGUUUUGAUUUCAGGUUCAAAGAGUUCAUAACAGACCUGGACACUGUGGUAGUGAACAGCUUUUUACUAAAACAAAAAGUAAACAGUGUAUUUUUAGUGCAUUUAGUUGUUAGCGACCAGGCUAGUCUGCUACCUUUUCUGUUAGAUCACCUGUAGCUCGGAGAACUUUUCCCAUCUGCAGUAAAUUUCUUUAUCAAAUGAAAUCAUGUAAAAUCCAUUGAACAGAAAACAGAAGGAGAUUUAAAGAUCGGGCCGGAUCUGUGCGCAGGUAGACGAUGCACGUGCCGAUGGCCUCCUUGCCACUAGGGGGCGUCAUCAACUGCCUGCAUUAGAUAAUGUCUAAAAUCUAAAAACACAUCUUUGAUUUAACGCUUUUAUUUUACUGGUUAUAUAUUCAGAUAUCUUGAUAUACGUGUAAAGAAAAAGUAUUUCAGCAGUUUUACCUUAUCAUAAGUCAUUAGGAAGCAUCUGUAAAUGUUAAGUUUAGCUAGCGUAAUCUAUAAAUUUGAUCUGGCCCUGGUCAGAGAGAUAUUAAGAUGAGCACCAGCAUGUUCAUGACUGGCCAGUGUGUUAGCGAUUAUCCUGCCAACUACGUCACCCCGACUCGAGAGCCGAAUAUAUCCAACGUCCGUGGAUUACUUUGUCUCUUAAUACCAACUGAAACCUUCCUCUGGACUUUAUUUCACAUUCACAGAGAAACACACAAACACCCUUCAUCUUCAUCUGUGACACACACACACACACACACACACACACACACACACACACACACACUCUCAGUAUAUUUUCACAGCACACACACACACUCUCUAAUUUACACUGACACACAGAUGGCCCCUGCUCUGACCACAAAUGUAGUGUAACCUCUGCUCCCUGCAGUGCGGCCCGGGCUCAGACUGCCAGUAAAAGCGAGGGAUGCUUCAUGGCUCAACAAUUUGCUGGUGAGAAAACCUCAAGAGGUGUGAGAGCCUGCACAGCCUAUAUCAAAUCCAGUCCUGCUAUCACCUCAAAGAAAAGUCCAGCCAGGUGGAUUUGGGAGGAGGGCUCACUUGUCAAGAAUGCCUUAGAAGAGUUGUGAAAACAGCCAGCCCGAGGAGGGGAGUCAUGCAGUUGCGGACGCAGCUCUCCCGCCGAGCCACAAGCCAGUCAGAUCAGUCGGGGAGAAGAGGGUGUGUGAGAGCAGGACGAGAGGGGGAAAGUGUGUGAGAGUGUGUCAGGACCAGAGGCUCCGAAGGACGUCACGCACGCUCCCAGAGAGACGGGGAAGCACGCUGUCACAGGAAGGCGUCUAUCCUCACGCGCUCUGGGCUGUGGAAGAGUCAACAGCCUCUGACAGAAGGUGGAUGCAGUGAGACCACGAUGAGCGUUUAGUGGAUUUUUCUCAAGACACACAUUCAGACUUGAGCCGCUUCUCGUGAGGUGGAGGUUCGACUCCUCUGCAGACUCGUAAUAAGACGCUAGUCAAGAUUGUGUGAAGUGUUCCCGGCAUUAAUGGAUCAGCCAGCCAGCAGCUGCAUGCGGAGCGCCCACCCCAGCAGCCCGAUCUGGGGCUGCAUGAGGAACCCUCACUCAGGGGUGCCUGGACCCAACCUGCAGUACCAGCAGGCCCCCUUCUCCCUCCACCAGAAGCCCGAGUUCCUGGCCUACACAGACUUCACCAGCUCCUGCCUGGUGCCGACUGCGCCUCACGCCGCCUACCCCCGCGACGACCGACCGUACCAAGAGAGCCAGGGGGGCUACCAGAGAGCCGACUGGCAGUUCAACCCCUGCGAGACGCGGCUGAGGGCGCCCGAGGCCUGCCCGCCCGUCGUCGCCCCUGUAGUGGUGGGCGGCGGUGGAGGUGGAGGGCCUGAGCUGGACAGUGUAGGUGGAGACAGGCUGCCAGGCGCCGUGCCCGGGUGUCUGGAGGGAGAGUACUCACCGCAGAGCGUGGCGUCGGCCGACUCGGACAAGAAGAGCUCCACUAAGAGGAAGAGGGAUGUCACAGAUAUCCAGGAGUCCAGUUUUAAGGUGGACUCCAGCUGCAAGGCCCGGAAAGAGCGCACAGCGUUCACCAAGGAGCAGCUGAGAGAGCUGGAGGCCGAGUUCACCCACCACAACUACCUGACCAGGCUGCGCCGCUACGAGAUCGCCGUCAAUCUGGACCUCACAGAGAGACAGGUGAAAGUGUGGUUCCAGAACAGGAGGAUGAAGUGGAAGAGAGUGAAGGGCGGACAGUCGUCUUCGCCCAACGACCUGGAAAACGACGACAUGGACUCGGCCGCCUCGCCCAGCUCCGAAUGAACGGAGGCGGUCGGACGCUGACAGACGGGUGCUCGACUGGACGCCAAGCUAACGCAGCACAAUGCAACCCUUCGACCAUUUCUUUGGAAAGCUGCAGGAAUCAAACUUUUUGUUUUGUUUUGUUUUAAAUCCCCCCCUGGAAGAAAUCACUGAGCAUCUCCAGAUCCUUGCUGUUGUAAAUAGUUGAUUUAUGUCCAUAAUGAACUGCAUUUUGAUCCGCUAUUGAUAGGUAAUGUGUCGAAGAGUCCUCCUCGUGUUGCAGCGACUGUGUUUAAAUAUUAGAGAUGAUACUUGUAGGUCAUUGUAGAUCAGUGACAGAGUCCAGACAGCAGCUCUGAGGCCCAGCGAUGACACAUCAGAGCCUGACGUGAUUGUGUUUGAGUGCAUCCCUCUUUGGUUCCAGUAUUGUAAUCAUGGCCUUUGACGCUUGACUACAACCACCUGGGAAAACUCAGACUGCACACGUGUUGCCAAGCCAUAAGUGCCUCCGAAUCAGAUGGUUUGUUUUUUUUCAUUUGUCAGUUUCUUUUUCUCCUAGAUGUUUUUUUUUUUCUGUUUUUUACUAUUCUUUUUUAUACAUGUUGAAAGUUAUUGAUAAAACACAGAUGUUGCCUGUUUCUGCAAAUAGAAUAAAUCAUCUGCUGCAAAACGGGGAAAAAUAUCUUCAU